CCACGGAUUUAGUUGUUUUUACGACUUGACUUAUCAAAUGAUAUUAAUUACUAUCAGUAUUUUAAGAAGUGAAAAGUUGCAUAUAAAUCUUCAGGAAUUGUAUAAAUCAAUCUAUACACUGACUGCAGCAUGUAUGUGUGCAUAGCAGAGAGUAAUUUUUGGUUCCCGGGCUUUUGCCUGCAGCGGUUUUAGUUGAUGCUCCUGAAAAGUAUUAAGCUGCUCAAAAAUUUGUGCCAAAGUUUAUAUUGAAGUAUUAUCGGGCCAAAAAAGAAAAGUUGUGAAUUGACUGUGUGUCCCGCUUUUGUAGCGGGAUAGUUCAAUCAGCAACCUGGAACUAAUGGAACUGGAGAACAUUGUUGCCAACACUGUAUAUUUGAAAGCUCGUGAAGGUGGAUCAGACAGCAGCAAAGGCAAAAGCAAAAAAUGGAAGAAAAUUCUGCAAUUUCCUCACAUAUCUCAAUGCAUAGAUAUAAAAAACAAAAUAGAUGUAAGAUACAGUUACGUAGUUGACCAGCAGCCAAUUGGGAGAUUAUUAUUUCGCCAGUUUUGUGAAAAGAAAAGACCACAAUAUUAUCGUUAUAUUUGUUUCUUGGAUGAUGUGGAAAAAUAUGAACUGGAAUUGGAUGAAGCACGUUUGGAGAUAUCAUUAGAAAUAAGUAAGAAAUACCUCACAAGUAGUUCAAUUGAAUCGGGUGAUAACCCUGGAAACACAGUGAUUGAUGUAUUAAAUGAUGAUGUUAUAGAGCAUUGUAAAAACAAAUUAUCAAGUGGUUGUAAAGAUCUAUUUGAACCUUGUGUUUUAAUCAUCAAAAACUUUUUGGCAGGGGAGCCUUUCUGGGAUUUUGAAUCAUCAAUGUAUUUUCAUAGAUAUUUGCAAUGGAAAUGGCUAGAAGCAUUGCCUGUAACAUACAAGACUUUUCGAAUGUAUCGAGUUCUAGGAAAAGGAGGAUUUGGAGAAGUUUGUGCAUGUCAAGUAAGGGCAACGGGUAAAAUGUACGCUUGCAAAAAAUUAGAAAAAAAACGAAUUAAAAAAAGAAGGGGAGAGUCAAUGGUGUUGAUUGAAAAGCAAAUAUUACAAAAAAUUAAUUCAAGAUUUGUUGUCAAUUUGGCAUAUGCCUAUGAGACCAAAGAUGCCCUCUGUUUAGUUUUAACCAUAAUGAAUGGAGGAGAUUUAAAAUUUCAUAUAUAUAAUAUGGGAGGUGAACCUGGCUUUGAAACAUCACGAGCAAUGUUUUAUGCCGCAGAAGUAGUCUGCGGACUAGAACAUCUGCAUGAACAAGGAAUAGUUUACAGAGAUUGCAAACCUGAAAAUAUUCUUUUGGAUGAUUUUGGUCAUGUGAGAAUAUCUGAUUUGGGUUUAGCUAUGGAUAUUCCUGAAGGCGAAAUGGUGAGAGGCAGAGUAGGAACAGUUGGUUAUAUGGCCCCCGAAGUCAUUGAAAAUGAAAAAUACUCAUACAGUCCAGAUUGGUUUAGCUUUGGAUGUUUGCUUUAUGAAAUGUUGGAAGGUCAAGCACCAUUCAGAGCCAGAAAGGAAAAAGUUAAGCGGGAGGAAGUUGACAGAAGAGUGAAGGAAGAUCAAGAGAAAUACUCAUCAAAGUUUACCGAUGAAGCAAAAUCAUUAUGCCAGCAGCUAUUGGUAAAAAAUCCAAAAACUAGAUUAGGAUGUCAUUGUGGUCGAUAUGGGGCUCGUGAAAUUAAAUUACAUUCUUUCUUUAGUACCAUGAAUUGGAAAAGACUUGAAGCAGGUCUCAUAGAAGCACCCUUUCUUCCUGAUCCUCAUGCAGUAUAUGCUAAAGAUGUAUUGGAUAUUGAACAGUUUUCUACUAUAAAAGGGGUUAAUUUAGAUGCAACAGAUGAUAAUUUUUAUUCAAAAUUUAAUACUGGUUCUGUGUCAAUACCUUGGCAAAUGGAAAUGAUUGAUACAGAUAGUUAUAGCGAAUUAAAUGUCUUUGGAAUAGAUGAUACACCAACACCUGAUUUAAUAGUAUUACCUGAACCCACAGAAGAAAAACAAGGUUGCUUCUCUUUUGGAUUUAAGAAAAAACAAUCUGCUCGAUCUAAACAAAUACCAUUUGCAGAGCAUCUACUGAAGUCAAACCAAAAAGUUCUAGCACAAGAACAUCAAAGUUGAUAGUCAAUAUAUGAAAUUAUGCUAUGAUAUACAUCAUUAGAAUACUUCUUGUUGUAAACAUUGUCGUAUGUAUUAAUAUUGUGCAUGUUACUAAUUUAUUAAAUU